UGCAGAUCAGUACCGCGACAUUCAACAACGGGCAAGAGUGCGCUCCAUGAGUGGACACUUAAGUGAUAUAAAUAUAUGUUUAAUUUUAUUUCGUUCAACUACAGCGAAAAUGGUGCGUUUUUGGCUAAGAGUGAUAAAUAAUGCUGAAAGUGGUUAGAGGUUAGAAGUUUUUUCUUCCAAUUUGAACGCCAUAAAAAAAUUAAGAUUAAGUAGGUGUUAUGAAAACUGAAGGAGUUCUAUUGUGGGAUAAUAUAUUUGACAUGUACUGCUGGGGAAGUACAAUUCAUGGGGAAUUGGGUUUAGGAGGUGUAGAAAAUGAACAGGUUCUUACACCUCAACAAUUGGAUUGGAGUGGAGCGAGUUCUGUUAUUGUUGCCGCUUGUGGAUAUACUCAUACAUUACUUUUAACAUCAUCUGGACAAAUUUACUCUUGUGGAAGUAAUGAUUUUGGUCAAUUGGGACAUGACCAGCCAAGAAAAAGGCCACAACUGGUUGAUGCUCUUGGAAAUUCACCGAUAAGACAGAUAUCAUGUGGAGUUGCUCAUUCCAUGGCUGUUAAUGAAUGGGGGCAACUGUACAGUUGGGGCUCAGAUUUUCAUGGGCAACUAGGACUAACAAAUAGUGAACCUAUCCAGAAUUCUCCUAAGAUUAUAAAGAAAUUAGCUCCUAAGCACAUUAUACAGAUAUGUUGUGGAAAGAAUCAUUCCCUUGCCUUAGCUAAUAAUGGAGAAUUGUUCAGCUGGGGUGCAAAUAAUUUUGGCCAACUUGGUUUAGGUAAUACAUCUGAAAAGGUUUCAACUGCGACUCUCAUAAAAAGUUUAUAUGGAAUACCAAUAUCGUACAUUGCUUGUGGUGGUGAUCAUAGUUUUGCAAUUUCACGAUCUGGUGCUGUAUUUGGAUGGGGCCGAAAUGAUUAUGGUCAGUUAGGAUUAAACGAUGAACAAAAUCGGUCAUUUCCUUGCCAAUUGCGCACAUUAAGAAAUAUUCGGGUGACCCUUGUAGCCUGUGGUGAAGGAUUUAGUGCAUUUCUUACCUUAGAUGGUGGAGUUUUGACUUGUGGAGAUGGCAGCAAUGGCCAAUUAGGACAUGGUAGCACUUCUAAUGAGAUAUUGCCAAGAAAAGUGAUGGAAUUGAUGGGCAGUACUAUUACACAGCUAUCUUGUGGCCGUCGUCAUACUCUUGCUCUUGUGCCAUCAAGAGGCAGGGUUUACGGUUUUGGUUUGGGUGGUGCUGGCCAGUUAGGUACACGUUCAGCUCAUAGUGUUAAUACCCCGCAGGUAGUUAUGGGUCCAUGGCUUUCACCAAGUGGAGUAUCUCUAGUCCCUAAUAAUAAUGAAGACCUAAUAGUACAUAGAAUAUUUGCUGGUGGUGAUCACUGCUUCGUAACGGUACGAAAACAUGGGGAUGAUGUCACAUCAGAGGAUUUACGUCGGCCCAAUCCUGCUUUUCAAAUUAUUACUAUUGACAUUGAACAGAUUACAAAAAUGCUGAAUAUAUCAAAAAAGGGAAAAGUAGAAGAUGAAUUGAUCAGCUACAUAGAAACUGUUUUUCGAAGUCAGGCAUGCUUUAAUGGCUCGUUUUUGCUGCCUAAUUUUGAUCACUUUUGUUGCACAUCUAAACAUCAUGGAGUUGAAAUUAAUAGUGCACACAAGGCAUUUAAUAGUAUAGCCUUACUUCACAAUAGCAGAUUAAAAGACUUGAUUUUUGAAUGUAUUACUACAGAUGUGAUACCUUCCUUGUUACCAUCUCCGCCUGAUGUUGAAACAUUGAGAGUUUAUUUGGUACUUCCUCUGUAUCACGAGUUUCUCAAUGCAAAGCAUUUCAAAGCAUUACAUGUGCCUUUUGGAAAAGCAGUUUUAGGUUUAACAAAGAAUCCAUCUAAAAUAGUCAUGAAUUGGUGGGCUGAGCAGGGAAAUCAAUUUAUUGAAAAGCUAAUUACUGUUUAUAAGGAUGUAGUUCUAUUUAUAUUAGAUAGAGAUAAGAGAAGAAAUCCGUCCACUUUAAAAAAGGUUUUAGCAUAUGAUCCAGAAAUUGUUGUGGCUUUGGACAUACUAAACCGAUUGCAUCAUAUGAAUCGUGAUAAUAAACAGUUAUCAAUUUCACAUGAUCUUUUCCAUAUGCCUGAACUCAGCGAACAGUUUGAUAUACAAAGUGAUUAUAUCAAUUGGAUUAGUGAAAAUAAUCCUCACAAUUUUUAUUUCUGCAACUAUGCAUUCCUAUUUGAUGCUUCUGCAAAAACUCAACUUUUACAAUUAGAUCAAGCUUUGCAAAUGCACACGGCAAUGAAUGAAGCAGCCACACAAGGAUUAUUUAUGUUUACGAGUGGCAUACCUUUUGCUGUCAGUCAAUUCAUCACGCUUGUAGUUUCACGUGAAAAUAUUGUUAAUGAUACUCUGAGGGAACUGAGUCACUAUGGACCACAGGAUUUGAAGAAACCAUUAAAAAUUAAGUUCAUUGGAGAAGAAGCUGAAGAUGCUGGUGGUGUGAGAAAAGAGUUUUUUAUGCUCCUUCUAAGAGAAAUAUUAGAUCCAAAAUAUGGAAUGUUUAGACAAUAUGACGACAGUCGGGCUAUUUGGUUUUCUGAAGAUUCGUUUGAGGAGGAAGUAAUGUAUUUCUUAAUAGGAUUGCUGUGUGGCCUAGCAAUAUAUAAUUUUAUUAUAAUUAAUUUGCCAUUUCCUCUUGCCCUAUACAAAAAAUUACUUGGUGAAACAGUCUCAUUACGAGAUUUAUUUGAAAUGACACCAACGGUAGCGUCAUCACUCGAAAAGCUUUUACAAUAUACUGAAGAUGAUAUAGUAGAUGUAUUUGGUUUGACAUUUGAAGUAUCCAGAGAAGUUUUCGGUGAAGUGAAAGUUACUGAACUCAAACCAGGAGGAUCUGAGUUACCCGUUAAUCAGGAAAAUAAAAAAGAAUUUGUUGACCUAUAUGUUGAUUUUAUAUUAAAUAAAUCUGUAGAGAAACACUUUGCUGGUUUCCAACGCGGUUUUUUAAAGGUAUGUGGAGGACGCGUUUUGCGACUUUUCCAAAGUUAUGAGUUGAUGUCUGUUGUUGUUGGGAAUGAGGACUAUGACUGGAUGGAACUAGAAAAUCAAGCUGAAUAUAAACAUGGCUAUAGUUCUGGUGACAAGACUAUACGAAUGUUCUGGGAAGUUUUUCACGAUCUUCCGGUGGCAGAGAAGAAAAACUUUUUAUUGUACUUAACUGGAAGUGAUAGGAUACCUGUUCAAGGAAUGAAGGCGAUAAAAAUCAUUAUCCAGCCUACAAAUGAUGACCGAUUUUUGCCAGUUGCUCAUACUUGCUUUAAUCUACUUGACUUGCCACGGUAUAAGACUAAAGAGCGCCUGCGAUAUAAACUACUACAAGCAAUUCAGCAAACUGAAGGAUUUUCAUUAGUAUAAACUCUUUUAUACUUGUAAAUAUAAGAAUAUAAUACCAAUAUGAAAUAAUGUUAUAUUUUUAGAUAUGCUGUUACAAAUUUUCACAUUUAUAUUUAGAUUGUACAGUCAUAUUACUU